UAAUAAUUAUAUUUUGAGCAUUUCAUACACAGAAUCUAUAAAAGCAAAUAUUUUUUUCAUUCAAAACUGUUAUAUAUUGCCCCAUAAAUCAUAUAGUCCGAUAGUCAUGAAGCCAUCUUGUUUCUCUCUGUAAAUAAAGAGCUGCGUAAUCCACCUUCAUCAUCCUAGAAGAUCUAUAGAAAUGGGUUUAAAAGAUCUCAAGAAUAAGAUUUUGAUUUUGGGGUGGAAAAAAUCGAAGGACGAAUCAGUUGAUAGAAAGCCUCCGGCAAAACCUGAUGAAGUUAAGGAUCAGGGCAAAGACGAAGACGGAGAUCAAAACAAAAGCAGUGAAGAAUCAACUACUAGUAAUAUAACUGAGAAAAUGAAGGGGGUUAGUGUGAAUGAUGAAGAUCCAUCAUCUGGACCUUCUCAAGAAGCAGAUGGUGCCCCAAUUUAUGCUUCACAACAACACUACCCUGAUCAGGGUCUGGAAUGGAGACGUUAUUGGAGGCAUGCAAGCAGUGGUGACCACAAUUGGCAAGAAAAUAUGACCAACGAUAUGGUUAAUGAUUUUUUUAAGCCUCCAUAUUAAUUACUUUUGGAAAUAAGCUAAA